UCUGUUACUUUGUACAGACAGAAUGACCUUGUGAAUUUAAAUAGAAAUAUGUGACAGUUGGUGUCUCGUCAUCGCUGACUGGUCGGUGGUGGAGCGGGUUUUGUCUCUUAGUUACAGGGAGCUAACACAUUUCAAGCAAAUCUUUAGGGAAGGGUCGGAACCAAUUGUAACCAUGGACUUAAAAACUGUAGCCUUUCUGCUUUUAGCUUUGAGUUACUCCGUCAACUCAACUCCAGUGAAUGGAACUCAAAGAUUUCAAGCGGAGAAGUUUCUGGACAUGUUAAGUCGAUCUUUUGAUCCAAAUGUGGCCUACAUGGAUUUAAUGUCAGCAUUAAACAAAAGAAUCAAAGAGACAGCCAACAAUAGUUCAGGUGGAGGGUUCUCAGUGGACGCUGGACCUAACUCCAUGGUCGACUCGGUGCCUCAAUGUCCACUGGCCCCUGCUCAUCGUGGGGCAGCAGUGUCGUACACAUCAGAAAACAGAGCAGUGGGAUCCAGAGCAUUCUACCAGUGUGAGGCUGGCUAUGAAGGUCGAUCUCUUUUCAUACAGUGUAAUAAUGGAGGUGUAUGGUCUGUACCCACUGGUUGGGGUGGAUGCAAAGCAGUGGACUGUGGAACCCCUCCCCCUAGUGUCUUGAAUGCUGAUAGUGCUUAUACAACUACGACAUUUGGGUCAGUGGUCACGUACACAUGCCAAGCUGGCUACAAAGCUGACAAGCCCAAUCCUAAUGUCACGUGUUUAGAUACAGGCUACUGGGGCACGCCGACCUUUACUUGUCAGAAAGCCAAUACACCCGCACUUCGACUUCCGAGUCUCCAAAAAGCAUUCAAUAAAAAUUUAGGAGUUCAGCACUUAUUUCAACUUCAAGAACUGGCCAGUACGUUAAUAAAAGCCAGACAGCCCGAGGUUAAAAAACCCAGGCCUCUAUGGCCAGCCAGUGCAGCCCUUCUCUUCAGAACUAAGUCUCUAGCCCUACCACCCAGACCUCCCCAGAUCCCUGCAAACCAAAAGAAUCUUGCCACCCAACAGAAUGUGGCCAUGUCUAGGAUUCUGACAAUUCCUCAGAAUCUUGCCCUUCUAAAGAAUCUAGCCAGCCCACAGAGAUUGCCCAAUUUCCCAAAUUCGCAAUUAGCUGCCGCAGUACAAAGAAAUCAAAUGAUGGCAGCACUUUUGAAAAGUAUGCCAGGAUUUUCAGGAUUCCCAGGCAUGCCAUCAGUUCCACAAGUGAUAGAAACUACAACGACCACAACCCCCAAACCAACAAUAGCAAGCCGUUUGCCAAAUGGUUUCCAAUUACCAAGUCACUUGCAGAGUUUAUUGCCUAAUGGAAUAUCUAAUACGCAAGGCAUGAAACCCCAAGACUUGAUGACCCUGGCUUCUUUAGGUCUUGGCUCGGGUACAGCCGGUGCUGCACCAAGGGAUAUAACUUCACUUCUUGGAUCUAUGAACCCAAUGUCUAUAUUUGGACCAGCAAUGGGAUUGGGCACGCCAGGCGCGGGAGCAGGUGGAGCUCCUGGUAAUCCCGCCGCGCCCCCAUUGGAACCGGAGAAAGUGGCAGAGCAAAGAGAAGAAAUGAUGCUUAGAGCAAUGAUGGCUAAUGCAAUGAAAUCUAUGUACCAGCCUGCAGCUCAGACCAAUGGCACUAGCACACGGCCCACUAGUAACCCCGCGAUGGAAAUGAUGACUCUGAUGGCUCUUCAAAGUGGAUUGAGUGCAGGCGGAGCUGGGGCGAACAGUGCAUCUGGUACUGGCAUGGACCCAAUGGCAAUGAUGUUAGGCGGAAUGAAUCCUGCUAUGUUAGGACUAGGCGGAGGUGGCGCUAGCAGUGGAGGUUUAUUCGGAAGUCUAUUUGCAUAAUUUUGCUAGGGGAUAAGAAGUAUCUUUUUUGUUUGUUCAAUCUUGAAGUCAGUCAAAACUAAACGAAAGCGCUUCUUCAAAGCCUGAGAGAAAAUGUUGUGACUGAAUCCUUCAUGUGUUUGCAAUGUAAACUUAUAAGUAAUAUGUAGUCAACUACCUUUCUGGUUAAAAGGUGUUCAAUUCAAGUGAUACUGAUAUUCAUGCUUUAUGACAAGUAGAUAUUAUUGUGAAUAAAUUUUGUUAUAAUGAAA